AUGUGUCAGCUGGCGAGUUGCUCCUCCCGUUGGAUUCUACGCGGCAGAUGGCUGCUGCACAGCGCCGCGGCGUGGCGCCGCGGCGCUGCUGUCCCUCCAGGCGCCAGCAGCCUUCUCUGCCGCCCGUUAACGCGGGAUGUGCGCGCUGUGUCGAGCGGCUCGUCCGACAAUCGCCUCGCCUCAGCUCCUGCCGUCGCCAACGUUGACGACAGCGUGGCAGUCGCCUCCGCAGCGGACUCGACAGCAGUGACACCCGCCGCCUCCCCCGCCGAGUACUGCAACGAGAUCCUGUCUGACCCUUUGUCCGAUGUGAGCGUGGAGGAGAGUGCGCGUUUCGUCGUGCCGUUCCCGAACAGCGACCGUCCGCACCUGCUGGAGGUCAUAACCCGUCCUUUCAGGCAGAAUUACACGUUCGGCGCCGCGUCGAUAAUGCUGCACCUGUGCGUGGAGCGACUAGAGAACGAGGAGCUGACGGCCGCGUUCGAGAUCGGCCCCGGUUUUAACCGGCGUGCGUACUUGCUGUUUCUGCACGUGUGGCUGCUGCACCGGCGCGCGAUGAAGGAGUGCCCGCUGGGGAUCCUGCUGGACCGCUACCUGUUCCGCUGCGCGUUUGAGCUGCUGGGGGAAUGGCUGUCGAUGCGCGGCGUUGCGGAGCACCGCUUCAAGCGUGAGCGUGAGAACUGCCAGGCGUUCAUGAUGAAGUUUUUGGUUGAGCUGGACCAGUGCACUUUGGACGAGGAGCUGUACGCGUACAAGCUUUCGCGCGCGUUGCAUGAUCACAUGUACGAGGGGGACGUGAGCGAAUCCACGGUGCGUCUGCUGGUGAAGUACGUGCUGCGGCAGUUCACGCACGUGUCCAACCUCGACAGCCGCGUGUUCCUGGAGGCGAUGUUUUUGUGGUUUGUGUUUGCGUCAGCGCCUGAAAUGUGGCUCAGGGCCGACACGGAGCCCAUCUGCAAACCGCAGCGUCUGCUGAAGCGCGCAAUGCCGCAGCUGAUAAAAUACGGAGGUGAGUUUGGCCAGGAGCAUACGGCAUUGCCCGCAGGCUACCGGCCCCCGACGGCGGACACGGCAAAGCUCGGCCCCGGUUCCACCAAACUGGAGGCGUGA